AUGGGAAAACUCGUUCAAUUGCUUUCACAUCCUACUGAGCUCAAGGCUGUCGUACAGCUCAAGGUGUUCAAGGAAUCCACUCAUCCUCAUGACCUUUCAGAAGCUCCCCAGUCGUUGAAACGUUGCUACGAGCUUUUGGACCUUACGUCCCGUUCGUUCGCUGCGGUUAUCAAAGAAUUGCAUCCUGAGUUACGUGAUUCCACUAUGAUCUUUUACUUGGUGCUAAGGGCUUUGGACACCGUUGAAGAUGACAUGACAAUCGACCCACACGAAAAGGUGCCGUUAUUGAGGGAGUUCCAUGAAAAGCUUAACACAAAGGACUGGACGUUCACGGGAAGCGGGCCUGACGAGAAGGACAGAGCGGUGUUGGUGGAGUUUGAUGUUAUUUUGACCGAGUACCAUAAGUUGAAGCCAGAGCACCAGGACAUUGUGAAGAAAAUCACUCGUAAAAUGGGUAACGGUAUGGCUGAUUAUAUUGUGGAUGAAAACUUCAACACCAACGGUGUGGCCACGGUGGCCGACUUUGACUUGUACUGUCACUACGUGGCUGGCUUGGUCGGUGAAGGCUUGUCUGACUUGAUGGUUUUGGCCGGGUUUGCCGAUGCCCAAGUGCAAGCUGACGACUAUGCUUUAUCCGAGAGCAUGGGAUUGUUCUUGCAAAAAACAAACAUUAUCAGAGACUACCACGAGGACUUGGAAGACGGACGGUCGUUCUACCCAAGAGACGUGUGGUCCAAGUACACUGAGGCGUUGCCCAACUUCCACAAGAACAUCAACGAAAGAGAAGCAGGUGUGCAUUGCAUCAACGAUUUGGUGUUGAAUGCGUUGGGCCACGUUACGGACGUUUUGACAUACUUAUCGUUGAUCACAGAGUCUACGAGUUUCAAUUUCUGUGCCAUUCCCCAAGUGAUGGCCAUUGCCACGUUGGCAGAGAUCUUCAACAACACAGAAGUGUUGGAACGCAACGUCAAGAUCAGAAAGGGAACCACAUGUAAGCUUAUUCUCAACUCGAGGACGCUCCCAGACGUGGUGAAGAUCUUUAGGCACUACGUUCGUGUGAUCAACCAGAAGCUGGAUGUCAGAGACCCAAACUACUUGAAAAUCGGCAUCAAGCUUGGUGAAAUCGAACAGUUUUGCGAGGAAAUGUACCCCAGCCCUGGCGCCAUCCCCCAUGGUGUGACCAAGGCUCCUAAGCCUAUCGCAGAGAACAUUUUAAGAAGAGGCGACUUUGAUAUGACAAUCGCCAAACAAGUCAGUUCCGAAAGCGCCAUGUGUGAUAUGUCGCUCGUUGCCGCCUUGAUUGCCCUUGUCAGUAUCAUUCGCUGGUUCCUCAACUAA